CUGUUGGACAAAAAAAAAGUCCCGAGAAAACCUGGGAGCGGAGCCAAAUCUUGCCAGAUGUAACUGAAAACAGCCGUAUGGUGGAGGCCGUCUUCGGAGGAAACGUGAGCCAGUAGAACGACACUUUGUGCAUGUCAGGCAAAUUUUAGUUUUGUCUACUUGAGAAAAGGCAAAGAGAAAGACGAGUUUAGAAGACUUUGUGACUGCUGUCCCGAGCUUUAGUCUUCAUCCAUAGGAAUCAAGACAUAGUGUUGAAACACUUAGUUUGAUGCAGAAGAAGGAAAAAGAUUUAGCUUGAUAUUAUAAGAAGAGACACCUGUCACACAUUUAUAGUACGGGAAUUGGUCCUCCCUCCUGUGCUGGUAUCAUUUAUAAAUCCAUUACAUUUUAAACAGAAUCAGAAAGACUCUGACUCUCAUUGGCACAGAGGGACAGCUGUUGUACUUUUUCUUUCACAUGCCUGGUGGAGGACAGCUAUUUUGCUUCAAUGGAGAAUUCCAACUGCAAAAGGAUAAAUUGUAGAGGCCGCCGUCACCUCAGUAUCACCUGGGAGAUAGCCUAGCCUAGCUUAGCAUAGCCCAGGUCAGCACAGCCCCACUUGCUUGUCCGUGACCACCCCCCCCCCCCUACUCACUCACCAUCUAUCUUCUCCUACAUCCCACACAACAUCCCUCCCCCUCCUUGUCGGACUUUUCCAAGUGAGUUAUCAUGGCAUCAGUGCGUUUUACGGUGACUCCCACCAAGGCGGAGGACCUCCCGGGGCUGUCCGACACGUCCCCUGACAUCAGCUCCCGCUCCGGCGCCCGUGUGCGCUUCGGCUCCAGGGAGAGCGUCAAUCGGAGUGACCCGCUCAGCGAGGCGUCAGGAGGCCUGACGACCUCUGCUACGGCUGGAGGAGGAGGGACCGAAACGCCUGACCACAGCAACGUGGACCAAGGUGAUGGAAAUUCCAAAAUCUCCAGUGUGUAUAUCAACAACAGUCAUGGGAUGGAUGAUGACGACUUCUACGACAGAAACUUGGCCUUAUUUGAGGAGGAGAUGGACACUCGUCCGAAGGUGUCCUCUUUGCUCAGUCGCUUGGCCAACUACACCAACCUGACACAGGGGGCCAAGGAGCACGAGGAGGCCGAGAGCAUCGGUGAGAAGAAGAAAGCCAGCAAGUCGCCUCAGAUGGGGACGUUCAUGGGUGUGUACCUGCCUUGCCUCCAGAACAUCUUUGGCGUCAUCUUGUUCCUGCGGUUGACCUGGGUGGUGGGGUCUGCUGGGGUGCUGCAGGCCCUCUGUAUUGUCUUCAUAUGCUGUUGCUGUACAAUGUUGACUGCGAUAUCGAUGAGUGCAAUCGCCACUAAUGGAGUGGUACCAGCGGGAGGCUCCUACUUCAUGAUCAGUCGCUCUCUGGGUCCAGAGUUUGGGGGGGCGGUGGGCCUGUGUUUCUACUUGGGCACCACCUUCGCUGGAGCCAUGUACAUCCUGGGAGCCAUCGAGAUCCUUCUGAUGUACAUAGCACCUAAGGCAGCCAUUUUUGAGUCAAAGAACCCUGAGGGUGAAGGGGCAGCCAUGUUGAACAACAUGCGGGUCUAUGGCUCCAUCUGUCUCCUUCUCAUGUCCUUGCUGGUCUUUGUGGGUGUGAAGUACGUCAACAAACUGGCCUCCAUUUUCUUGGCCUGCGUCAUCGUCUCCAUUGUUUCCAUCUACAUCGGAGCGCUGGUCUCCGCCUUCAAACCGGCACAUUUUCCCGUGUGCAUGCUGGGAAACAGAACGAUCAACGGUCAUGAAAUUUAUGACAACCAUUGUGCAAAAACCAUCCUGCCUCUGCCCAAAGAACCAGUGGAGAGAGAUGAUGUCAACUUCACAAUUAUUAAUGAAAACAGCACUGUAGGCCCGACCUUUGACCCAAGCCACGCUCCUGCAGUGGCGAAGACCACAUAUCUUUGGAAGCGUUUUUGCCAGGGCCCAGAACCCAACUCCUCCUGUGACGAAUACUUUGCGUCCAACAAUUUUUCCGAGAUUCCAGGGAUCCCCGGCCUGGCCAGUGGGAUCAUUUCAGAGAACGUGUGGAGCUCCUACCUCAGCAAAGGGGACGUGGUGGAGAAAGGCUCCCUCAGCUCCUCUCAUGUUGCACAUCCGGCAUCAACGCACCAGCCUUACGUGUUUGCUGACAUCACCACCUCCUUCACACUGCUGGUGGGCAUCUUCUUCCCCUCCGUCACAGGAAUAAUGGCUGGUUCGAACCGGUCGGGGGAUCUGAAAGAUGCCCAGCGCUCCAUUCCCAUUGGAACCAUCCUCGCCAUCCUCACCACUUCCAUCGUCUACCUGAGCAGUGUUGUUUUGUUUGGAGCCUGCAUCGAUGGGGUGGUCCUCCGAGACAAGUUUGGUGACUCAGUGAAAGGGAAUCUAGUCGUGGGGACUCUGGCUUGGCCUUCUCCCUGGGUCAUUGUGAUUGGCUCUUUCUUCUCAACGUGUGGCGCAGGCCUCCAGUCGCUGACCGGUGCUCCCCGACUUCUGCAGGCCAUUGCCAAGGACAACAUCAUCCCCUUCCUCCGGGUGUUUGGUCAUGGGAAGGCUAACGGGGAGCCCACCUGGGCCCUGCUGCUGACGGCCCUGAUUGCUGAGCUGGGGAUUCUCAUCGCCUCUCUUGACAUGGUGGCUCCCAUCCUUACAAUGUUCUUCCUCAUGUGUUAUCUUUUCGUAAACCUGGCCUGUGCCCUCCAGACACUCCUGAGGACGCCCAACUGGAGGCCACGCUUUUCCUACUACCACUGGACCUUGUCAUUUCUGGGGAUGACUAUCUGCCUCGCGCUCAUGUUCAUAUCCUCUUGGUACUACGCAAUUGUUGCCAUGGUGAUUGCAGGCAUGAUCUACAAAUACAUUGAGUAUCACGGAGCGGAGAAAGAGUGGGGGGAUGGCAUCCGUGGUCUUUCACUCAGUGCUGCCCGAUAUGCCCUCCUGAGGUUAGAAGAGGGACCACCGCACACCAAAAACUGGAGGCCUCAGCUGUUAGUGUUACUAAAACUGGAUGAAGACGCCCACGUCAAGUCUCCUCGCCUGUUGACGUUUGCCAGCCAGCUGAAGGCGGGAAAGGGCCUGACCAUUGUUGGCACCGUUGUCUCUGGCAACUUCUUGCAGAGCUACGGAGAGGCCCUCGCUGCUGAACAGACCCUAAAGCACCUGAUGGAUAAGGAGCGUGUGAAGGGCUUCUGUCAGUGCAUCGUGGCUCAGAAACCGCGUGAAGGCAUCAGCCACAUGAUCCAGUCCAGCGGCCUUGGAGGAAUGAAACCCAACACCGUGGUGAUGGGCUGGCCGCACGCCUGGAGGCAGAGCGAGGACCCACAGGCCUGGAAAACCUUCAUCAACACAGUGCGGGUGACCACAGCAGCUCACCUGGCGCUGCUGGUGCCCAAAAACAUCUCACUGUUCCCCAGCAACAGUGAACCCUGCACAGAGGGCUACAUCGACGUCUGGUGGAUUGUCCAUGACGGGGGGAUGCUAAUGCUGCUGCCCUUCCUCCUGCGCCAGCAUAAGGUGUGGCGUAAAUGUGGGAUGCGAAUCUUCACAGUGGCCCAGAUGGAAGAUAAUUCAAUCCAGAUGAAGAAGGAUCUGGCCACCUUCCUUUAUCACCUACGCAUCGAGGCCGAGGUGGAAGUAGUUGAGAUGCAUGACAGUGAUAUCAGUGCAUACACGUAUGAAAGGACGCUGAUGAUGGAGCAGAGGUCUCAGAUGCUCAGGCAGAUGCGACUGUCGAAAUCAGACCGGGAAAGAGAGGGAAACCCUGGUAGCAGCAGCAGUAGGCCAGAGGCAGGUGGAACUACAAGGUCUCAGGCCCAGCUGGUGAAGGAUCGUAACUCCAUGCUGCGUCUGACGAGCAUCGGAUCAGACGAUGACGAUGACACCGACGGUGGGGAGCGAGACAGGGCGGCGAGCGGCGGCAGCUCCGAACACCACCGUCGAGUUCAGAUGACCUGGACCAAAGAGAAGACCUCGCAGUACAGAGCCACACACUCUGGCUGCUCCACGCCCGAGGGCUUCAGAGACAUGCUCAGCAUCAGGCCGGAUCACUCUAAUGUCAGGCGGAUGCACACCGCCGUCAAACUCAACGAGGUCAUUGUCAACAAAUCCCAUGAUGCCCGACUUGUCCUGCUCAACAUGCCAGGACCCCCUAAGAAUCCAGAGGGAGACGAGAACUACAUGGAGUUCCUCGAAGUUUUAACAGAAGGACUGGAGCGCGUCCUGUUGGUCAGAGGUGGAGGAAGUGAAGUCAUCACUAUCUACUCCUGAUUGGACAAACAGAGGAAGCCAGCCUUAAAGAAGCAGCCAGUCGCGCAGAAGGGAGACGGAGGGGCCUGUGAGCUCUGGGGGUAUGGGCCCAAAAAGAUAGACUGUCAUUGGCUGCAGCAUCCGUCAUCACGCCCAACGCCCCACCCCGCUCUUUUUCUUUCAUUUUUACACUCUUCUGUCAAGACAAGGGUUUCCAUUCCACUUAUGUCAAGCUACGGAAAUGCCAACACAAUUCCAUGAAUGAGCAAAAAAAAACUAAAAAAACAGGAGUGUUUGUGUGUGUGUGUGUGUGUGAAAGUCAUCCAUCUGAAGGAGGUUUGGUUUGUGGCAGAAGGGACCAGCGUUGUGUUAGGAGUGAGUGUGUUAGGGCGGUGAACCACUGAAUGGGGAAAAAAUGUAAAACGCAGAGCGCGAGAGGCCGUGAAGCGUCCCAGAACAGAGACUCAGGGUUGCAUUUUGUACAGAAUGUAUUUUGGAAACAGAUGUGAGUGUUCUGAGCGUAGCCUGAAUGUCUGAAUCGAGUGUUUUUGUUGUGUCCUUUUCUCCUUGAAGAAAUGGAAACGGUUUAUUCCAAAACGUCAUAAAAACUGGGAAAGUAACACAGCAUCAAAGGAAGUGAGGAGUCUGUAGUUUUAAACCUGCUUAGUGCUACAUAUAAGGAAUAUCAGUGUGCUUUUUGUGCCAUCUCCUUACUUGAAAGUGUAACAUGUUUAAGGAGAUGAAAGGAAGAAAUGGUUAUCAGUUAUAUAUCAGUACUGGCCUCUAUUCUUUUUAUAUCCACCUUAUCCACUAGUAUUUGCACAAACCUCAGAAUCAGUUUUAUCCACUGUGAAUUUCAAAGUGGAGUGAAACUGAAUCAUUUUAAAUUCUUCUGUGUGUUUGUCUGAACUUGCUGCUAUUUCUCAGAAUCUGCUCUAGUUUAUGGAAAACCAUUUCUGCCAAGAAAAAGACAUAAAGUUAAAAAGUU